UUUAUUGUGGAAGUAUAUAUUCGUAUGUACGUGCACACAUAUCACACGUCGUACUUGGCGAGAUCCAUCGAUGCCUGACGAAGUGCAAGCAGUUAUCAGUCGCCUUACGAGCGCGGUUGCUAUGCGAUAUGGAAGGGAUUCCCGGAGUCACCUACUAGCUCGACCAGUCAGAAGUCAGUGUGCGUAAGAGCCGGCCGGUCGUGCCGGCUCCUUUUCCUGUCCCUGCUUUCGCGCAUACGAGCCUCUUGGUGUGCCUUCGCGACUUUGUCGCUUCGAAAAGAGAGUUCGCCGUUCGUCAAGUGCCGAUUCUACUCACAACAACCGCUCGCGAACCCGAAAUUGAUCGGGAGGAGCGACCACGAGUGAAAGGAAAAGAAAAAGGGGAAAAGAAAUUUUCGUUUAACCGUUUGCAUUUUGCUCUUCAAAUUGAAUACCGGCCUCUUAAUAGUAAGUCCCGUUAAGCCCCGGAAGAAUCUGUUCUGAAAAGAAGUCGGAGCACCUUUGCUUCGCGAUCGUUUUUCAGGGACCCCAUCAAUGGGAUCCUUCGGUGGGGGAUGCGAGUUCGGGAAUCUCGGUUCACGCGAAUCUCGAUAGAGACACACGUUCGAUUUGAAUUUUGUGUUGCUGCCGUGUUGCAGUGUCGGUAUCGGCACUGGCUGCCGUGAAAGAUCCAGUGGAAAACGAACACACGAACCAGACAGUUGUACGAGAAAACUCUUUCAAAAUCGAACGACGAGCGGAAAAGAGUAUGUGCGAAAACAGUAUGGCUUAUCGCGUUGGGCGCUGAUUUUAUUCGUAAAAUCACCAUCACAUGAGCGAAACUUUACUGAGCAAGCUUUUAUUCAGUGUCACAAAUUCGAGCGUGAAGACGCAAAAAUGGAUCUUGCAUUUAAGAAUAAAUCCUAUCACCCUAUCGAAUUGUGUGGAUCGUGUUCUUCAACAUUUGACGAAUCGAAACUCAACGGUUUGUAUGGGACUUCAUGAUCGUCCAAAGAUCCUAAGAUCCUCUACUAUAAUAUACUACUGAUUCGUAAGUUCCGCUACACGCAAACUUUUGAAUGAGGAGCAUCGAUUAGUACAUGAUAUUCGACUCGGAUUCGCGGAAUAGAAACGACCAUGACACAGAAAGGAAUCCAAGAUGAGUCAAAGACAUCUGCGGAACAAGCGAAAUCGAUGAACGGCAGCUCAGCCAGCGUGCCGGCAGGCCGAGACAACGACUCGACCUCGCCCUUGCCCUCGCCGUUGGAGGGUAGGCACGCCGAGGAAGCAGCCAGUUCCUCCGUCCUCAAGAUGGGUAGCACAGACUCCGCGGGUAACACUCGCGGGCCCUCUUGUGGUUUGGUCAGCUCUCUCCUUCCCAAUAGCUGCCGGGGUAGCGCGGAGGCGUUCGCCCGGUGUCUUCAUCGACGAUUAACAUCACUGGGCAACGAGAACGGUUCGCCCGAACGAACGGUGGACGCUGCCAAACCGUGCGAGACCUCUUGGCUGCACCCGACAUCGAGCAAUCGGCACGUAAUCGCUAACAAUCUGACCGCCAACAAUCAGCAUCCAAUUCUUCAGCAUCAGCCGCGUCACAGCCCGGAAUCGGACCUCUUCUAUGACAUCGAGGUGGAGGAGGCGGAAGUGGACGGGUCGGGAUCUCCGGUCGAAGAGGCGACUGCCGCCGAAUUGGCGCAUCUACUGGUCAAUCCGGAGAUCCUGAAGGCGAGUCAUCACGACGCCUGUCACUGUUCGCCCAGUGGAACCAAGAUGACACCCGGCGUUACGGGCGCCCACCAGGAUCCCGAAUCGAACUGCGUGUUCGCAUCCCCAAUCACCGGUACGCCGCCCGACAGCGACUCCUCGGAAAUGUUCUUCGAUCCCGAGUCCUCGGACGCGGACAAGUUGAAAGUUGAAGCUUUUUUCGAUCCUGUCAGCACUUCGGACAGCGAGACCAUGUCGAAUCUCUCCAAUAGUCCCGUUCCUGCGAGGACCAGGCUCAUGUUGAAUGGACGUAAGCGGACGGAAGCUCCGGAACGUUGCGAGGACACGACAUCCGAGUCGAGUUGCUCCUCCAGACGAAAUCCUGCGUUUUGUGAGAACAGUGGUCGACAGCAAGAUGGGUUGAUCUGCAGCUCGGAAGAUUCGCUGAAUGGCAGAAGCUCUCAGGAAACGACAUCCCCCAGCCACGAGUCCUUGUGGAGCACGUUCGACGAUAGCACCGUGUCACUGCAGGAUGAGAGUCCACCCAGGAUUAUCCAGGAUUCCGUUAUCCCUCACAUCUGUUUAUCCAAGUCGCAUUCCGACUCGGAAUUACCGAGCAACGGUAUUAGCACGGUAGUAUUCGAUAAACUCGACAGGCGAGACGAGAAAGAGGAAAUGGAUCAACUUGAGAUUGAUGAGGUUGACUUUGUCAAUGGUAAAUCGAAUAAUGUGAUGUGCGAUGUUACGAAUGGCAGCCUUUCUACGUUAGAAAACGUCAGGAAUGAUAGUGACUUAACGAAGGAUGAUUCUUUUAACGCUGAAGACUUGGUUAAGGUAAUUGAAGAUAAGGGUAAAGAGGAAUGUAUAGAAUUGGAGUCUAAAACGGUAUCAUUGAAGAAUUUAUUGCAGCCGAAAACCGAGGGUAUUACUAGUGACACUGAUACCGAUCAUUCAUCUUAUACUAGCACCGUUGAUAUUCCGGAUGCGUUUACAUUGGAAGAACCUUCGGAUGGCGUUGACGGUGACCGAACGGUGACCGAAGCGACUUCGAGAAGCGAAUUAAAGCUUCAGAUAGAAAAGGACAACGCGCUAAACGAUAGCGACGAGGAGAAAUUGUGCCUGUUGCUGAAGAAGCUUGGUGGUGAUCCAAACGCGAAAGAAGAGGAUUUGUCGCCGGAACAAGAGACGCAGAGUGAGACGGUUGAAGAGGAAGAAGACAGACCGCAGAGAGUGAGAAGGUGUUCCUCAUUGAAGACGGGAAAAACACCACCGGGCACACCUCGCAGGAAAAAGAUCGUCAGAUUUGCGGAUAAGCUUGGACUCGAUCUGGCCGACGUGAGAACAUUCCUGGACGAGAUACCAAGGAUACCCAAUUCAGCGUACAACGACCUGAUCUACGAUGACAUCUUCCGACCGCAGGACAGUAAUUCGGAUAACACUGUCAGCGACGAUUGGCCCGACCAUUAUCAGAACGAUGGCAGACGCAGAUCUACGUCAGCGAUACCCAGGAAGAUCGAUCGAAUGCUGGUGCCGCUUUUUCAGCAACCAGGCGGAAUGUCGAACUUCCUGGAUAUGGUGCGCGAGCGUCGGGUUUGCCUGGAAAAUGUGAUAGUGCAGGAUCCGAUAACUCUGGCGAUUCAAGGCACGGUGCGCGUAAUCAACCUCGACUUCCACAAGUCCGUUCACGUGCGAUACACUCUUAACUCCUGGCGGAACUUCAGCGACUUGCAGGCGACCUAUGUGCCUAACUCAUGCGAUGGCUUCAGCGACAAAUUUUCUUUCAUUCUAUAUUGCCACACGCUACUGGUCGGUCAGAGAGUCGAGUUCGCGGUUCGAUUCCAGUGUAAAGGCGCGCAGUAUUGGGACAAUAACGCCGGUGCCAAUUAUUGCUUCCAGUGCCUGCCAGCUUCAUCAACCUCCGGAUAUAUACCGAUCACCGCCGAUGAAAGUCGACGCGGAAGUUGGUGUUCUGGCUCACCGAUGUUCUACUGAUGGACUGAUUUAAAUCUUCCAUUUUUCUGAUUUGACAAUAUGAAAACGGUGUGGCUCCAGGAACACAGACUGAAGAGAUUGUUGACGAGGCUGAAUGGCGCGAUAUUCGACGAUUCUUAUACAUUUUUAAACAAAUGUUUUGUAACGAAGUGCAAAAUGGGAUCUUCGGAUUCCAUCGCUGUUGUCCACUGUUUCAGGGAACUCUCGGAGAGUUUUCGGGGCGCACAAUAACACGUACUGAUCUUCGCGAAGAGUAUCAAGCGUUUUAUUAGGAUAAUACUUUGUAAAAAGAAAGAAUUUUAGUGUAAUAAUAAUUUGUUUCAAACGGCCGACUAUAAAAAUACUUGUGAAUGAAAGAUAUUUGACUGUGGAUUAUGGGAACAACGAAUUUCUUGCUACGAUAAAUGAAUUGUCUUUGCAAGUAUGGAUAGAAUUGCUCAAUUGUUAAGCGAUUCUAGCAUUGUUAAGCGGUUCUUCAUUUCAAGUUUGUUAACAGAUUUAGUACUUUGAAGAGAGAAGAAGAAAAACAACACACAAUCAUAUACAAACUGUAGUUUGGCAAUAAAAUAGUGAAAAAUAUCAUAUGUUUAAAUAUGAGACAUUUAAUCCUGUUUUCGGUCCACGAAAUGAACUGACUGAAUUCAUUUUCAAGAGAUACUAAAUGAUUACGAAAUACUAAACGACAUUUACAUUAACGUCAUACUACUGUCAAAUAGAUGAAUAUUUUCUUACCUUUCGAAAUCUCUUUUUACAAAAGUAAUUUUCUUGAGAGAUUAUGAAAAUUAUUUCCAUCUAUCACAUAGUUUUUUCAAACUAUACUCGUUAAGCUAAGUGAUUUUAAUUUUGAAAGCUAGAAUUCUUUCAACGAAGCAGGAAACGAGUACUCACUGUGAGAGUUCAAAACUACGAAAUGAUCCGAUUGCGACUAUUAGAAAACGCUAAGCACAAAUAGAUGGUUUAAACGUUCCUACGGAGUACCUUUGCAGAGUUUAUAUCAGAGUUAAAGAUGAUAGAUCAUUUAUUCGAUCAUACGAAGGAACUAGUGCCCGUGGCCGCGAUUUUGUUAGCGUUAUCCAGUACAACGACGAUAGAUGAUAAUAAAACAAACGCUAAAUAUGUAAUAUUAGUUCUUGUUAGCAACAUCGUACGAGUUUAGACUAUCGUAGAGGAUAGAUUGAGAUACUAUAUAUUAUAUAUAGGGACAUUUAUAUAUUUUUUUCUUCGAAAUAUUGUGUUCGACAUCGACUGUGUGGGAUAAAAUUUUUGAACGAAACUAUGAUUCAAAUUCAACCGGUGAUUCAAUGAUUCAAUUCACCGGUGUCUUUAAAGAUCUAUCAAUAUCUCGCUUUGAUAUAACAAAUAUAUCGACUUUUUCCAAUCGCUUAUUCUCUUUGCCAAAUAUGAACUCUGAAAGAAAAUUAGUUUUAAUAUUAUGUAUAAUGUUGAAAAAAAAA